AUGGCGGUCGACGCCGAGGGAGGACCUCCUCCCGCCGGGGAGGACGACGGCGCCGGGGAGCUGUACUGGCGGAGCAGGGCGAACGCGAAGGACGCGGAGCUGCGUCUGCUGCGCGCGCUCGUCGGCGCUUCGUCGCGCGUGAGAUUCGAAGCGAAAUCGCCGUCGUCUGAAGCGAGGCCGAGCGAAGACGCGUCGACGUCGCCGCGGCCGCCGCCGCCGCCGCCGCCGCCGCCGCCGCCUUCCGUCGCGAACACGCCGCUCUCGAGCCCGCUCGUCGCGUCCCCGCUCGCGACCGCGCGUCGCGCGAGGGAGGAAGAAGACGCGGCGACGGCCAUCGCGAGCGCUCGAGCGAUCGAGCACCUCCAGACCGAGCUCCUCCGACGGGAAGCGCAGGCGCGACGGACGGCCGCGGCGCUCGCGCGCGCGAAGGAGGACGGCGAGACGCGAGACGCGCGCGUCGCGGCGCUGUGCGAGCGAUGGGAGCGCGCCGCGGCGGAGACGCGCGCGGCGCACGAGGACGAAGUCGGGGCGCUGAGAAUGGAGAACGACGAGCUGAAGCUCCGCGUCGACGAAGCGGACGCGCGCGCCGCCACCGCGGAGGCGGAGCUGUCCAGGGCGACCGCCGCGAGGGACACCGCGCUCGCGGAGCUCGCGCUGGAGCGGAGGCUCGCGGAGGCGGACGCGGAGAGGGAGCGGCGGAGGAGGCGGGAGGCGCCGGUCACGCCGCCGAGGCUGGUGUUCACGCCGCCGCCGCCGCCGCCGGGACCGCGGUUCGGGGGGACGGCGGGGGACGCGAAGACGCCGCCGCCGGUUCCGAGGGAGGCGCAGCUCGCGGCGGUGCUCGGGGGCGGGCGCGAGCCGCUGUUCAUACCCGCGGUGGACGAAGAGUGA